CUGUCUUGGUACCGUACGACCCUUCUUUGUCCUGGCCUACUUGCUCCCUUCACCCGCCACUGCUCCGUCCCUUCCUGACGUCGUCGCCCAAGAUGGCCACGUCCUCGACCUACAAGCCCAUCGCCCUGGAGUCGCUGGGGAUGUUCGAUGACGAUGAGGAAGACGAGGUGAUGCCACUCCAGCCUCGUUCCAACAACCUCAGCGAUGCUCUGUCCACUCUUAACUCACUAGCGAAGUCAGGUCGACCACCCGCAUCGAUCUCUCAAGCUCAGAGAAAGACGCUGGACUAUACAAAGCCAGCAGCAGCUGCCCGAGAUUGGCCCGCUAGCUUGGACGAGGAGCUUGAUCUGGAAGAGGAGAUGGCGAGAGAAGCAGCUCAAGAACAAGAGUGGGGAGCAGCUCCUGAUUUUCCCGAACAAGGAGUGGAGGAAUACGAGGAUGAAGAUGACGAAGAGGAGAUGGCAGCUAUGAGAGCAGCAGAAGGCCAGUCUGCUAAGGCGGACGCUGCCUCGUCGAGCAGCUCGCGUAUGCCAGUCCUGGAGGAUAGUGGACUACUCGGGGACAUGGAAGGCGAGCCCGAAAUAUCAUCAUCGUCCAAUCAGCGGCCUCGACCGCCGGUCUCGACAAUCGAAAGUACAACAACAGCAAGCGAUGAUGACCUGUAUCUGCCCUCAUCCUCGGCGGUGACUGCUCCUCGCCCAGUAGCAAGACCAAACAUCGGUGCUACGACCUCCGCGUCUGCCUUUUCCUCCUCGAGCAUUCCUUACGAUAGCGCCAUCCCCAAGUACAUUCCAGCAGGACACUUUGCUGCCCUUAGCCUCGAUGGCACGAGUGUUCGCUUCGAGAGGCGAAGGCGGAUAAGGGGUUGGAAGCCUCCACCGCCCCAUUACGGCGAGAGUAGCAGUACCGGUCUGCUCUCUCGGCCUGUACAUCAGAUCAUCGAGGCGGUACGAGCGCGAGAAGCGGAGGACAUUGUUGCUCGGGACGAAGAGCUGGCUGCUAGGUCGGCUGCAUUACAUCAGACCCGCACACACGCCCGCACUGCUCCUCGCGAUGACGGCAAAGUCUGGGUGGAGAGGUACCGGCCGAAACGCUUUGCAGAACUACUUGGAGAUGAGAGGGUCCAUCGUGAAGUCAUGUCGUGGCUCAAGGAGUGGGACUCGUGCGUCUUCAAGAAGAAGAAUCGCAAGAGGCCGAGGCAUGAUGGAGGCUCCGCACCAUCCGCGGGUCCUUCAUCCUAUGGAGUUCCAGUAGAGUGGAAAGACCCUUAUGAUCGUCCACAACAACGGGUGCUCCUGAUCUCAGGCGCUCCAGGUCUGGGAAAGACGACACUUGCUCAUGUCCUGGCUCGUGCGGCAGGUUACGGAGUGUACGAGCUCAAUGCAUCCGACUCCCGAUCGGCUGGAGCUGUGACCGAUACUAUCAAGAUGGCGCUCGAGAGUGCCUCGCUCAAGGAUGCACGCCCUACCUGCCUUGUUGUAGACGAAAUUGAUGGAGCGACGGGUGGCGGGAUGUCAUCGGGCGCUGGUGGCGAAGAGUCUCGAGGCUUCAUCAAGGCUCUUGUCGAUCUCGUGGAAGGCGGGAAGGGUGGGCGCAAGGCCAAGGGUGCCAAGGGAUCAAAAGGGAAGAGGAGUAAGCCGCUGCUCAGACCCAUCAUCUGCAUCUGCAACGACCUCUACGCGCCAGCAUUGCGUCCUCUACGACCUUACUGUCGCUUGAUCCGCUUCCAAAAGCCGGCAACCAAUCAUCUCGUCACAAGACUCAAAUCCAUCUGCGAAGCGGAAGGCAUCUCGGCUUCCUCUCGCUGCUUGUCGCUGCUCUCCGCUCUCUCGCAGGGAGACAUUCGAUCUUGCCUGAAUGUCCUUCAGCUGGCGAAGCUCAGGAGUCUGCGCAAGUUGGCAGGCAGUGGCAGGUCCGACGGCUUGGUCGAGGUGACAGAGGCAGAGAUCCGUGAGGCGGGCGUGGGGGUCAAGGAUGGCUCAACGAAUCUGCAGACGGUAUGGUCUGCCCUUUUCAAGACGCCCUCGCCGAAAGAGCGAGCUCGCAAGACGGCUCCCUACGAAGGUCCCGCCUUGACGCAGCAUCUCAUUUCUCUCGUGCAGUCCUCCGGUGACUACAACCGACUACUGCAAGGUUGCUUUGAGCACUACCCAAAUCUGAGCUUCGUCGACGAUGGGUGGUGGAGGAUCCGCACCAUGCUCGAUUGGGUCGCUUGGGGAACCGAAUUGCAGGACAAGGCAUGGUCCAAUGGGACUUUUGACCUCAUGGGCUACGUCCCUUGGAGCUUCGUCAAGUGGAACGGCCUGUUUGCGAAUACUGUCAACAGUCUUCCCGAGUGGCCGAAAGUAGACUAUGAGCAAUUCCUCAAGAAGCAAGCCUUUGAGGAGAUUUCCAUCGAGUUGCACCACUCUCUCCCACCUUCGCUCCGUGUGCAAUUCGGUCGGGACGCAGUGGUUCGUGAGCUUGGGCCAACAUUGAUGCGCAUGCUCACACCGGAUCUGAAGCCCAUCAACAACCAGAUUGUGCGACCAGCUGAGCGCGCUACGCUGGGCAGUCUAGUAAACAUCAUGCUGCAUCUCUCGCUCAAUUUCACGCAGGAGAGGACAGACGAGGGUGUACUCACCUACCGUCUAGAGCCACCGCUGGAAGUCUUCACCUCGUACGACGGAAAGAAGAGCGCGGCAGUCAAUGUUGGACGGUACGCCGUGAGGGCCAUUGUCAUGCGUGAGCUCGAAGCGGAGAGGGCACGCAGGCGCAAUGGUGUUGCAGACGGUACGCCAGGCGAAGCAAGUUCUUCAUCGGCCAAGAAUGCACUCGAGGCCUAUAGAAAGGCGGAUGCCAAUGGGCUUGGGCUAGCGGGGAAAAAGGAAAAGGUUGCAUUGGACUUCUUUGGCAGACCGGUCGUGCUGAAGCCGAAGAAGGAGGCGGGAGGGGCGAGCACAAGCCCUAGUGGCGGGUUGAAGGACCUGCCUGCGCCGAUCUUGGCGGCUCGACAGGCCAAGGAGGCGCUCAAUGCUGCUAUGCUUCCGGACUCAAAGGGGUCCGCAGCCAAGGAAGACUUUCCUGCUGGUGAGACUGCUGAGAGUGGGACAGACUCGUCUGUUCAGCCAAGUCAGAAGAGGCUAAAGGUACACUAUCGCCACAACGAAGGGUACUCGAACGCAGUGCGACAGCCGAUCAAGAUGUCUGCGCUACUCUAGACUAAGUGAGACACCGCGCCUGAGGGGCAGGUUGGUCUUCUAUGUGAUAUGAUAUGCAUUGUAUGCCUUGCUUUGCAGCUAUAGCUAUAGGACUCUUUCUUUCGUCUCGUCUCAAUGUCAUUCAUACAAUCAUGAUUAUGGAGCUGAGAGGCGAGAGGAAAUUGUGCUACUCGCUCCCUCUCUACCCUGAUCCUGCCCACUCGACCCUUCUUUCCCUGUCUCUACUUGCCAUACUGCUUCCUCAGCAACAUGAUACUAUC